AUGCGGUCUUAUCAAAUCCCCUUCCUAGCUCUCUUGACAGGGGUCGCUUCAAUCCCUCAUGAAGGAUUGACGGAGCGAGAUGAAUCCCAGUCCUUCUGUGGAUUCAAGGUCCCAACCGAUAAUGAUGCUGCUACGAUUUCCCGCCUAAAGGAGUUUGAUAGUGAUUAUGCCUUCUCUAGUAAUCAAGGCAUCCUGGAGGUUGCGGAGCCAAUUGUCGUUGAAAUGAACAUUCACGCAUCUCUUCCAACUGACAGUCCCGACGAUUACGCCUCCGAGGAAGUUCUGGAGAAACAGUUUGACGUGUUGAAAACCACCUUCGCGCCUUAUGGGAUAGAGCUCACACUUGGGACAAUCUCCCGCGAACUUAAUGACAGUAUCUCCAACCUUUCAGGAGGAAAAUACGCUGGCAAUUACGGUCAGCUAUCCGGUGGACCACCGGCUCUUGAGGACUACUGGAAGCGCACCCGUACUGGAGGCUACAAAUCCGCUCAUCUAUAUGUCUACCAUCAAAUCGACGAUGGAUUCAUCGGUAUUAGUAGCUUCCCUGAACUUGAGCGACCCGAAUCGGACUUCUGGCUAGACUCUGUCCAUCUGCUUGCCCUAACGCUUCCCGGUUCCACAAGUACGAUCUGGAACCAGGGAAAAGCAGCAAUUCACGAGUUUGGGCAUUGGUUCGGUCUCUGGCACGUUUUCCGAAACGGAUGCUUGCCAGGCGAUGGUGACAUGGUCGACGACACUCCUGCGCAAGUGGAUAAUCACUACGGAGAAUGCCCUACGGAUGCAGACAGCUGCCCUAGCCUAGAGGGCUUGGAUACCCCAUGGAACUACAUGAGCUACGGUGGCGACGCUUGCUUUACUGGCUUUACUGAUGGGCAGGUGACCCGCGUGCACAACAUGUUCCAUAACAUUAGGGAGGUGGUGUAA